GUUGGAAGUUGGAAGGAAUAAAGAGGGUCCUGUUUAAGUGCAUUGAUGAAUCCCCUUGUGUCUCACCAUGGCAAUUCCCACCUGGUCUCGCCGGAUUCUCUUCCUCGCUCUCUUCUUCUUCUUCGUCUUUUUCAACUCCAUUCUCUACUCUCACUCUUCCAACAACAACAUCAUCAUUCUUCAACCAACUCACCGACACCACCACACUUCUUCUUCUUCUUGUCCAGCUCCUAACCCCAACCUCUACUACCAACCUGUCAUCGGAAUCGUCACCCACCCCGGUGACGGUGCUUCCGGCCGCCUCUCCAACUCCUCCGCCGUCUCCAACAUCCCCGCAUCCUACGUCAAAUUCGUCGAAGCUGGUGGAGCCAGAGUUAUUCCCCUUGUCUACAACGAGUCUCCCCAAAAACUUCUCAAGAAGCUGGAUUUGGUAAACGGGGUGCUCUUCACAGGUGGAUGGGCCAAGGAUGGUCAAUACUUUGAAACUGUUAGGAGAAUCUUUAAGAAAGUGUUGGAGAGAAAUGAUGGUGGAGAACAUUUCCCAUUAUAUGCCAUCUGCUUAGGUUUUGAACUCAUAACAAUGAUUGUAAGCGGGAUUUCAAAUUCGCAACACACCAUGAUAUUCGGAAAAUUAGGCCCCUGCUUCAACCUGGACAAUAAUAUUCUUGAAGAAUUUAGUGCUUCAGAUCAGGCAAGUGCUCUUCAUUUUGUGGAGAAUGCAGAUAUCGAGGGAAGUUUAUUUCAAAGUUUUCCUCCAGACUUGUUGAAGAAGUUGAGUACAGAUUGUAUUGUUAUGCAAAAUCAUCACUUUGGUAUAUCCCCAGAAAAGCUUUUGAACAACAAGAAGUUGUCCAGUUUUUUUGAUGUCUUGACAACAUGUAAGGAUGAAGAUGAUAAGGUAUAUGUUUCCACAAUGCAAUCUCGCAACUAUCCUGUCACUGCCUUUCAAUGGCAUCCAGAGAAAAAUGCCUUUGAAUGGGGCUCAGCAAAUAUCCCACACACAGAGGAUGCCAUUCGGGUAACUCAUUCUACAGCAAGCUUCUUGGUCAGUGAAGCUAGGAAAUCCUCAAAAAGACCAGAUGCUCAAGAAGUGAGAGACAAUCUUAUUUACAAUUACAGUCCUACUUAUGUUGGAAAAGCUGGAAAAGGAUAUGAUGAAGUUUAUCUCUUCAGAUAGUAAAAAUGGAGGAGUCAAUGGAUGCUAUUUUGGGUACUAUGUAUUAUCAUCACUGUAUGUUUCAGAAAUAAUAUUUUUGUGCACAAAGGAGGAGAAACUACUCGGCUAUCCUCAUUAGCAUGUUGUAUUACUCAACAAUAUCUUUUAAUAAUGAUACCCCCAACCUUAGAAUUCUUACGUUAGAUAAUAUUAUACAUGAUAUCACUCGAUUUAUCAUGAC